UCUAAGUCUCUUCAAAAUGUCAAUAAAUUAAUUCCUAUAUCACCUCCUAUGCCACGUUCAAUAUCAAUCAAUUCAUUUUACGAUUGUAAGACAUCUUAUAAUUCAAAACCAAGAACACAAAACAACAACGACUCUUCGUCAAGAAAGGAUUUGUGGGAGCGCCUUUUCUAUCAAGGUUAUAAAGCAGAUGUUUGCAUUAACACUAACAGUGGUGAUGUUGUUUAUGCUCAUUCUAACAUUAUUGCCAUGGCUUCUCCUGUUUUAAAAGGCAUGCUAAAGCAAGCACAUCGACAUGGACGAUGGCGAAAAAUAUCAAUCAUUGGGGUUCCACAUGAUGCAGUUCAAGUUUUUAUUCGAUAUUUGUACACUUUUAGAUACGAGAAAGAAGAUAUGGAUGAAUUUGUUCUACAUUUGUUGGUGUUGUCACAUGUAUACAUGGUUCCUCACUUAAAGUGUGAAUGUGAACAAAGACUAGAAUUGGGUUUACUCACCAUGGAUAACUUGGUUGACGUGUUUCAACUAGCGUUGUUAUGUGAUGUUCCAAGACUUAGUCUCAUUUGUCAUCGCAAGAUAUUGAAAAACUUCAAAGUUGUUUCAGAGUCAGAAGGAUGGAAAGCAAUGAAGUUGAGUCACCCACUUCUAGAAAAGGAAAUUCUAGAGUCAAUGAUCAAUGAAGAAACUAUAAAAAAGGAAAGAAUCAGAAAAAUGAAUGAAAAAAAGGUAUAUCUACAAUUGUAUGAGGCCAUGGAAGCUCUUGUUCACAUAUGUAAAGAUGGUUGUCGAACUAUUGGUCCUUAUGAUAAAGAUCUUCAAGCAAACCAACCAUGUAAGUAUUCAGCAUGCAACGGAUUAGAGUUGCUUGUUCGUCAUUUUGCUGCAUGUAAGUUGAGAGUUCCCGGAGGAUGUGUUCAUUGCAAGAGGAUGUGGCAAUUAUUCGAGUUACAUUCUCGAUUAUGUGUUAAUCCGGACGAUUGUAGAGUUCCUUUAUGCAGGAACUUUAAGGAACGAAUAUCAAAACAAAGCAAGAAAGAUGAAAUUAGGUGGAAAAUUUUGGUUGAAAAUAUCUUGAGAACAAGAGGAAUCAAGAUAGCAUCAUGUUUUUUGCAACAAUGA